GGAUACAUCUGCGCCAUAGUGACUCCAGGCCUGAUGAGGCGGUAAUAAGCCGCAGGUUAGCUCUUCAUAUCGGCACAGAAGCACCAGGCAGGGAAGAAAAUCCUCGCCGCUUUAGCGUCAACUAAGUCGGUGUAGGCCUUGUCCUUGGAAAUAUCGCUUGGAAGGUUUACCUGAUCCACCACUUUGACAGAAAUGGUUUCAUACUGGCGGCAAGCUGGACUCAGCUACAUCAGGUACUCGUCGAUCUGCGCCAGGGUCGUGCGGUCAGCGCUGAAACCUCAGCUCCGAACAGAGGCUGUUAGAAAUGCGGAAGCUAACGUGAAGGUCACUAAAGUGAAGACGACUUAAUGAGCGGACACGGCCGGUCUUGUCCGGUGUGAGAGCCGGUGACGGAGCAUGUUUCUCUGAGAUGUGUUUUCUCUUGAUAAUAAAUUAUGAUUCAUUUUGUCAA